AAUGCCUGGAGUUCAAGGCCAGCCUGGUCUGCACAAUGAAAUCCUGUCUCUCAAUAAUUCAUAAGAAUGUUAGAUGCUGGGUUGGGGGAAAUCAGGAGCUGGAGGCGUGGGACCUGGAGGUCUUUCACACUGAGGCCAGAAGCCAAGAAGAAACCAUGGUCUGGUGAGUCUGCCCUGGCCGUGACCCAGAUAAUGCUACCAACCCAAGGGUCUCCACCAUCCUGCCAUCCUGCCAAUCACCUGCCAUGUGAAAGGCUCUUUCUUUGGCACCUGUGUGACAGACUCUCUGCAGCUGUGUCCACACACGUCCAGCCAGGAAGACGUUGAGGGAGCUAGAAAGUUAAAACGGGGUGUGACAAGUGUUCCAGGGAAGGUCUGGACAGAGGAAGAGUCACCAGGACUGGUGAAGGACGAGGAGGAGCGCAAAAGUGGCAGCAGGCAUCUUGUGUGUUGAGUUCAUCCCAGCGCCCAGCCACCACUCAACCUGGUCCGAGGUGCGUCCUGCAUCUUGACUCCCGACAGAGCACCUCCGGGUGGCCACAGUGACUUUUGUUCCAGCUCCUUCCCCAACUGUUUACCACUUAAUGGUUUCUUUCAUGUUGUCUUGCUUUCCUUACUCAAAUAUAUUCAUUUUCAAAGGAAACAUUUGGCAUCGCCACGAGAAUUGAAAACAAGGCGAAGCACAGGGGUAUGCGCUGCCCAUCAAAGCUCAUCAGAUGAAAGAAAACAAGAGAAUCAUCAAAGGUGCUGGUGAGAGGAAAACGGGGAGCCAAGGGCUGGGAGAAUCUUGGAAACCAUGCUUUAAAAGACUAUUUCCUAAACGUUGCAUGUUUGAGUGUUUUGCCUGCAUGUUAUGUCUGUGCACCACGUACAUACCCAGUGCCUGCGGAGGCCAAAAGAGGGUGUCAGAUCCUCUGGAGUUCAGAGGGUUGUUAGCCAGCACGUGACGCUGGGAAGUGAGCCUGGGUCCUCUGCAAGAGCAGCCAGUGCUCUUAACAGUUGAGCCGUCUCUCCAGGUCCACCAUCACACAUUAAUUUGCUAACAGACAGUUGGUUUCUUCUCAUUGGACAUUUUAUUAUGGGUGGAGGUGGGGCGUGUGUGUGCCAUGGGCCCUGGAGUCUGGAAGUCAGAGGACAACUUAGUGGAGUGGGUUACCUCCUUCCACCACAUGGGUCCGGGGGGGAUCGAAUUCAGGUCGCCAGGCUUGGCAGCAAUCUCUUUAUGUGCUGAGCCCUCUCACUAGCCCAAUAAUCCUUGUAGCUAGAAACGUUAAUGCUUUAAAAGAUACUCAUCAGCCAAUCCAAUUAACAUUGUAGCGGUGUCUCAUUAUAUACAUUAUACUCCAUUCGGAUGGCUAAAAUUAAAUUUAACAAAAGCAGAAGCCUGAUGCUACACAGUCUUGAUAAAGAGGCAAAUCGACAGGCACUUGCCCCUGGCGCAGGUGUGAACGCAGAGUGCAAGUCACUAUGGAAAACUGGUCCCUGACAUGAAGACAAAGAAAAGUGUGCUCACGCAGACCCUCAUUCACACAUGUUUCCGUGUUUCCUGACUGCUAACAACUGGAAACGGCCUGAGUAUUCCCCCAAGCUGCUGUCCCUCCCCCUCGUGGAAUGCUAUGCAGCAAUAAAAAAGAAAAUUACACCGAUAUACACAGGACUCUGCAUCUCAGGAGCAUGCUACUGGGGAAGGAAGGGCCUGGAAGUGGAGGGGGCGGGGGACACAGGCUCUGAAGUGAUGUGGUGCUAGAGGCUGGGACACUGGCACAGACAGGGCAUCCUCUGUCGGCUGCAUUCCCGGGGCCACGCUGUGCACAUCUAAAUCCAGAAAUGUCUUCCGCGUGUGCUGCAGCCAGAGACCACGCUGUAUGGGGUAUGCACCACCGGCCGUAGCUGGCCGAUUCUCCCUUGUUCACAGAAGGGACUUGCAAGGUACCUAGUAGCACUGAUGAUUUCAGACACCGGAUCAAGCUUCUCCAGGUCCAAGGAAGCAGAGCAGCUGGGCCGCUCCACUGGCUCGUGCUCUCGCUGGGCGCUAUAGAAAUGGUUCUGUGUGGGCCUCCAGGCACACACCAGCAGCCUGGCACACGAGAGAGUGUUGGUGGGGCUCAAUCUGGUGUUCAGUCUGCUUCUCACCACUCCAAGCUGUCCGGCGGGUGUCCUCUCUUCAGAAUACUUUCCUCCCACCACAAACCUGUGGCCAAUGCACACACCCUGCCCUGAGGAGCCUUAUAGCAUGAAUCCCUUCCUGUCUCUGCUUCUAUGGCUCCCUCUAUCCCGGAUCUCUUCCCUUCCCUCCUCCCAGUCAGUCAGAGCCUUCUGUGUGUAAAUGAUACAAAGCCAGACCUAAGAGGCAAGCCAGAGCCAGAGCUUCCUAGGGCAAGACUUCAGGUGGGAAGCUUGGACACCAUGGAGCCUAGUUCAUUUCUGGGGGGGAGGGGGAGGUUGUCUUUGUGUCGGCCUUGUGCUUGCUCUCUAUAGAGCUGAGGGGGAAACUGCAUAUCCUCCAAAGACUGCCAGCAUGAGACCUCGGAUAGCCUUAGUCACACGAUCAUCCUUGAACCAAGAGCUGAGUGGGCCCUGGUCCUUUGCAGCUGAAUGGGCACAGGAGGUGCCGGGAGAAAGGGAUGUACAACUGCCAGGGAUGACUGACACUGCUGGGGACUCUCUCGCUCUGGCUACUCUGACCUCAGGCCUCACUUCCCUGUCCCAACCUCAAGUGCCUCCCGGAAGGCAGGCAGGAAGGAGCUUUGAGUCCCAACAUUCCAGUGUUCCGGGACAGCUGCCAGAGCCGAAGGCUCCCAAGUCCCAGGAACGUUCUGGAACUUCCGAGGACAGGAGUAGGGUGUCAGUCAGAACCCUGGCGGUUCCCGGCCUGGGAACAUGCUUAGAAGAUGACAAUUGGGUCCCUUCGGCCGAAUUCCACUCUGUGGGUACCUGUGCCAAGGAAAACAAGGCCAGGACUGGGCACGGAAGGCGAGGGUGCUUGACGGGGUGUAAGGUGACAUUGUUUACACAGGUGUGGGACGAGUCCCCUCACACCUUGCUUGCUUUUCUCCUUAUUUCUCCCCUCUCCAAAUUCUUUCCCCCAAGGGUGCUGACAGAUGUGUCAAGGGAGCCAGUGGCUGGUUGUAAGGCUCUGCCCAAAGGUGGGAUGUAUGGCACCGAGCGCCUGUACCCAGGGUGGCCUGUGGCCUCUCCCUCCCACUGUACACCUCCAGGCUGGGGACACUGAGAACCUGGGCUGGGAUCUCAGAGCGGCUGGCUGCGACUCACAGGACCUAGUCCAUGCUUCAUCCCCAAGAGAGAGCAGGGGACCAGAGACAUUCAAAGUGGCUCCCAGCUGAACUCAGAGCCAGCCAAGAAAGAAGAAAGCCACAAUUUCAUGAGCACCUACUGUGCGCUGGCCGAGCUCAAGGACUCCCUGUGAAUCAAACAGAUUCAAACCACUUGUAUAUGUGAUUGGAAAAGAGGGGAAGGAAGUUAAGCCUCGAGACACCCAAAGUGGGUGAGGGGUGUGGUCAGGACUCUCUCUAAGCUGAGUAGAGGCGGCCCUGGUAUCAAGAAUGAUGAGCCACUACCAGGGGGACGUCCGAGCAGGUGGCUCUAUGUGUGCAAAGGACCUGAAGCAGGCAGCUCCGAUGUUGGUUGACCUCUGAGGACAGUGUUUUGCCAGUGCUGAGGGGAGAAUGAUUGUAUCACAGAGAGAUGAGUGCUUGGUGCCCAGGGUAAAGCUACCAGGUGGCUGCAAACAUCUUCCUGCUACCUGGAGAACGGACUUGCCCAGGGUUACACAGCAGAGUCAAAUUCUAGCGCCAUCAGCUUGGAGCCCGUCUAUGUGAGAGCUCCUGUCACAGGCCUGGCCUGGGGUGGGGGGUACCUGGCUACAGCUCCGAGAGCGAGUGAGAGCAAAGCAGGAGUGAACUCAGCUGCUGAGUCAUGGGGAACCACAGGCUCCAGCUGCAGUGGUCUCUGCCUCAGUUUACCUAGCUGUAAAAAAUGGGUUUAAUAACAUGUCUGCCUCUAGAACCUACUUCAGAGGGCCGCUGGGGAGGUUAAUUGUUGCCUGCAGCCCCGGAGCAGGGAUGAAAGGGGCAGGAAGUGGGAGCUGCCCACACUUCAGAUAAUUACCCAGGCUGGAGGGGGUGUCAGGAUCUGGUUCAAUCCCAGGCCAGCUCUCUCCUAGAAAGGAGGGGCCUUACCCACUAGAACGUUCCAGCCUGGGCCUCCCAGCAGCCCUGAGACCCCAGAACAAGAAAAGGCCAGGUUUGAGUCCCAGCUCAGUCAAGACGCCCAAGGUGUGUCUUCCUCAGCUGGGCACCCCCCCCCUUGCCAGCUGUCCCCUUUGGACCGGUAGAUACCAUGUGACCCCAAUGCUUCUCCAGGCUGGCCUGCAUUAAGCUGUAGUGAGCAGGUCCAUAGCCUUGGACUCACAGCUAAAAAGAGAGCACAAAGGGCUUCUUGUGGGAAUAAGCAUGCUUUUCAAAUGUCCUCAGGAGGCUGAGGCGAUAGCCCUGUCAGUAAGUGCUGUCCAUGCACUCUUGAGGACCUGAGUUGAGUCCCCAGCACCCACAUUAAAUCGAGGCAUGGUAGUCUAACCCCACUGUUAGAGAAAUGCAGACAGUGGAUGCUGGGGGCUAGCCCACAAGGCAGCCUUGCCUAGACGGUGAGCUCCAGGCCAGUGAGAGACAGCAUCCCAAAGGCACCCCAAAAAAUGAGGUGUAGGGGGAAUCUAGGAAGAUACCAGAGGGUGACCUCUGAUCUCCACAGGAAUACUCAAAUGUAUAUGUACCCACACAUACCUGCAUAGCCCACCCGUGAGCAUUACAUACCAUACAUAGACACACAGACACACACACAGAGACACAGACACAUAUACAGAUACAAACAUACACACAGACACAAAGACACACACUCACAGACACACACGGAUACACAAACAUACACAUGGACACAUACACACUCAUACACAGACAUACAUACACAUGGACACAUACACACUCAUAUACACUCACACAUACACAGGCACACAUAGACACACACAGACACACACAUACACACACACAUACACACACAUACAUACACACACACAAAGACACACACAUACACACACACACACACACACAGAGUAAGAGGGUGCAAGGGUUAAGUAUCCUGCCACCAAGUGUAUCUGACCCCAGUCUGAUCCCUGAGACCCACAUGGUAGGAGAGAAACGACCUGAAUAAGUUGACCUUUAACCUCCACACAUGUGCCAUGGCAGGCACAUCCUCCCACACGAAUCCACAUAUCCUAAUUACAUAAAAACAUACACUUCCAUGUUAAAAAAAAAAAGCACAAAACAUUUUCAAGGACACUGAGUAAGCCUCAUGCUGUCUGUCCCCUCCUGGGGCCCCAGCUAAGCUGAGUGUACCCUACGCUGUGGCUCUGCGUGUCCUUGCUCCCAGACCCUCCUCACUGCACUCAAACGUGUGGGCAGCACGCCUGGUCCCCUUUGCUCCAAUGUUUCAUCUCUCCCUGAGUUGGAGAAAGACAGCAGAGCCAGAGGUCAGCCUCUCCUGUUCCUCCAGAAAGGUGGGGCACCUCUAAGCUCAGUGGUGAAUCAAACUCUAGAUGCUCUGACUCCCAGAAAGCUGGGAAGGUUGUCACGAAACCCGGGACUCUGCACACUCCUUGACUCAAAGCCCCUGAGCAGCACCCAGUCUGUGGAGAUGAGCUGGGUGCUGGCCAGAAGUCUCUGUGGGCCCCGGUCAGUGGGAAGAAGCAGAGACCUUGUCAGGUGUCAUCCACUUCCAGCAAAGUGGGCUAUGGCUUGGGUCCCUGCCACCAUCGUCCCUACUGGAUGUCUCAGAGGUGCCUCCAGCAGGCCAUGGUCUCACUGCCUGGAUCCUGUCCUCAAGGCAUACACUGGCUUCCUUUCUUAAUCUAAAUCUCCCAGGACCUCUCAGCUCCCAUCAUCCACCUGUGCUGUCUGUCAAACAGAGCCAACCAAUCACAAGUGUGAUCUCAAGCUGCCUACUCCUGCUGCCCACUUGUCAGGGUGCAGGCCUGGAACCUCUGCCCUGGAGAGACUGAGGCUUAGGGUCCUGAGUGUGAGGCCAACCUAGGCUUCAGAGUGAGCUGCCUUACACACACACACACACACACACACACACACACACACACACAAACCCUUUCUCAAAAAUCAAUUGUUUUAAUGCUUCCUUCCUCAUGCACUGCCGACUCUGGAACCAGACGCGAGCUUUUGGAACACCGUGAUUAGUGCACGGGGAUCAAAUGGAGACAGGGUGAACUAAGUUAAAGGUGGCUCAUUUCCUGGGGCCUGUUGUCCUGAAAGAUGGUACCCCUGGUGGGACGGCCUCUCCAGGGUUCUGGAGUCAUUAGGUGACGUCACAACAAUAAUAUUUACCCCCACUUCCUGUGCUCUGCUUCGCUCACGAUCAUCACGCCCCGUCCGUGCCGUGACCCAGGAUGCUGGUCUUGUGACCAACCAACCCCCUUUCCCAGUUAAGAGCACUACAGCUUAGCCUUAGAGUUGGGGAUGACUCCAGGCCACCAGCGAUUUGGCGGCAGGCCAUGACUGAGCACGUGGCCACCAGAAUCUCAUGGACGGCUCCUUGAAUUCUGGCACAGUUCACGUUCCCCUGUGGGUCAGCAGCCCUGCGGGAAGAUCCCAGCCACGCUGUGUCUAUGAGGAGGGCAGGCUUGGCGGCCGGCUUGUCCCAAGACGGGACGCCAGGCAGCCGGGAGUUUCUCUCCCCGAACUUACUGUACGUGAGUCAGCGCCAGCCCGGGUUGUGAAAUCUGGGAAUCUUGUGGGCCAGGCCAGCUGGGGGAUGGCCGUCUGGGAAAGGGAAGCGGGGAAGGGGUUAAGGGGUGGGAGCCGGGGGGCCCCAUGGCCAGCAGGCACACGGGGUACCAGCAGCUCGGGCUGGCCGCCGCCUGUGGCCGGCUCUGACGUCACAGCUGCGUCAGCAGCCGGCCCAGCCCCCACUUCCUCCUCUGUGGGCAGAUCCUCAGCACUGCCCUCCCUUGGGAAGUGUGCUUCAGGAAAACACAAAUCCAGCAGCGUUAUGUUUUCUGCACAUUGUCACUACCAGACCUCGCAGAGGAAGAGAGCGAGGACCAGGCCAGCCCAGGACAGUGGGCCACGCAGCAGGUUUUCCACGCUGUUUUUUUUUUUUUGGUUCUUUUUUUUUCCGGAGCUGGGGACCGAACCCAGGGCCUUGCGCUUCCUAGGCAAGGGCUCUACCACUGAGCUAAAUCCCCAGCCCCUUCCACGCUGUUUCCAGGUGCUGUUCUGCCACUCGCUAGGCACACCAUUGUGGUUUCCACAGUGCCCCAAGGGGUAUGCACUUUCACAUAGGAGGAGAUGCGCCCAGAGUGGUUGAGUAAGUUGCCUUGACUGUGCUGUAAGAGUGCUCAGAGCUGAAAAGUCCAGCAGGUGCUUGGAUAAGAAAGCUUCAAGACCCAGGGCAGCUUUCACUGGCGUGGGCUCAAAGCCGCCUCAAGCUGGCCUGGCACAACUGGGUGAAGAGCCACAGACACAUCUCUCCCAAGACGUCAUCGCAGAUCAACAGAAGCAAAAGAGCAGAGAAGUCAGGGACCAGAAAAGGCUCAGGUGAUGCCUGAAGUUACACAGCCGCUGUGAGUGGCCUCCAGCCUCCACCUCAGCCCUCCCCUGGCCGGGGGACCAAGAGGAGAGAGCUGAGCUGAGUCCUCCCCAGGUCCACCUAUUUCUCUAAGGCCUAGUUCAAGCACAGCUGAGUUGAGCAAGAGCAGAAAGGGUGAGGUGGGUGAGGGCAUAGAAGGAUGCUCCUAGCAGUGGGGACAGGUGGGCAAGCUGGGCAGGGGCAGCAGAGGGAAUCAUGGGAGAAGAAUAUCAGUUAGCUGGGUUGAGGGUGAGAGGCUGGAAAUGCAAUGAGAACCUGAGGUUGGAUGCAGUCUCAAGGUGCUGGGAACCAUGAAGACUGUAGAGAGCCCUUUGCCUGUACCCCACUCUUCCGCUGAGGGCUGGCGAGACCCUCUAUUUUCCUUUAGAACUUUUUCCCUUUAAUAUUUUCCCCUUUAGUCCUUUAAAGUGUUUUUUUUUUCAGAUUUAUUUUUACUUUAUGUCUAUGGAUAUUUUGCCUGCAUGUACGUUUGUGCGCUGUGUGUGUGUGUGUGUGUGUGUGUGUGUGCGCGCGCGCGCGCACGCGCGUUUGUGAUGGUUUAGUCGGUGAAGUGCUUGCCACACAAACAUGAGGACCUAAGUUUUGUACUCAGAACCGACGUAAAAAGUGGAGCAUGGUGAUGCGUGUGGCGGUGCGUGUGGUGGUGUGAUUGCAUAACCACCCCGUGCUGAGGAAGAUCUCUGGGUAUUGCUGGCCAACUUGGUGAGUUCCAGGUCAGAAAGAGACACUGUCUCAAAACCAGAAAGUUGGCAGCGUGGCCUGAGGAACACCGGAGAUUGACUUCAGGCCUCCGUCUGCACGUGUGCUCAUGUGGGCAUUCGUAAGUGUGCAUUCGCACACUCGUGCACAUUCACAUAAGUAGAAUGUGGCAUGUGGUGUUCUUGAGGUACUUCCUGUUCUCCCGCCUCCUCCUCAGAAGUGCGAGCUCUGUGGACACAGGGGCCUCGGAGCUGUGUCCGGCUUCUGACGCUCAGGAAGUGAUCAGUAAGUGUUUCCUCAUGAGUGGACUUUCCCCGCUCAGAGUAGCGUGGCCGGGACUUGGCCAGUCUCGAGCUCUUUGUGGCCCUCCUUCCAGUCUCAGAUAGAGUAGCAACAUGCCCAGAGUGACCCAGCACAUGAGGGACAGGUGUUGCCUCUGGGAUCUAGGCCCCAUGUGACUGUGGGAGGCAUCCAAGAGUUCUGCACGCCCAGGCCUUCCUUCAUUCAGCUACACCCUCUUAAGGUAUGAGUUCGAGUCCUCACUGAGCAUCCCCUCCCUGCCUCUGCCUCCCCUGACCCCACCACCACUCACGGGUUAGGCUUCAUCGCUGGGGUCCCUGGGGCCCCCGGCUUGCAGCUUUGGAGCAUAGCAGCUCAGCUGGCUCCACCCCAGCAGCUCCUCCCAGCUCCCACAUGCCUCAGGGAUGAGCCUCGGUAGUGUGACAGGCCUGGCUGAUGCUAGUCCCUAGCAGAUGUGGAUCUGUCUCCCACUGAGCCCCAAGACUCCCUACUAAAUCUCUGCCCAUCACAGUCUCCCACCAUCCACACUACCUCAGGCUCAGCCCCCACCCCCCACCCCAGCCCUGUGUGGCAGAGCUAUGAGGAAGUCUGGGCGAAGAAGCACAUUCAGGUCCUGCGGGCGACAGAGACAAGAGACAGGCUCAAAACCCCAGCCAAGACCAGGCCAGGGUUCAACCAGUACGGUCAUCUCUCCUUGACAUCUACAUUGGGGAGAUGAGACGGACUGACGGAGAGUAGGGUCCAGGCCCUGUCUUAAGCACAUUUAGCUACCACAAAGUAUGGCCCCCUGGGAACAAGGGCCAGAAUUGGGUGUUCUGACUUUCUAAGAGGAACUGUGAGUUUUCAAAACAUCUGCAGGUUUUUUAAUGUUAACUCCAUUCCUGAAAGGCUUUCUGCAGGAGUGGGUGCGGCAAGCCCACCCAAGGGCAGGCUUAGGCCUCAACCAGGCCCAAGGCAUGUCUCAGGGCCUGCAGGGUUGAGAGAUGCUGGAUGGGUGCUGUACCUGGUCCCUUCUACAACUCACAGGGCACCUCCCUGGGGGAGACUCCAACUGGGUGGGUGAGAAGGGCCUUGGGCAGGGACUGAAUUACUCUUCCUCGCAUGGGAUGCAGAUGUGUGUGUGUGUGUGUGUGUGUGAGUAACCAGUCCCCUGUGUCUCUGCACUGCAGGAGUAAGGUGGCCACCACUGGUUCAAGUGUCCCUGACCCUAUCCCAGGCUCCAAACCCAGGCUCUCCUGGUGUCACUUUGAAUCAGUCCUGCCUUGUGACUACGUUUCAGAAGAGAGCACUGUAUUUGAGGGAAAUUAAGGACCCAGGCAAGACCUUCAGGGCUGUUGGAGUGGACCUUAUACCAGACCUCACACUGGGUCACAAGCCUGCCCGACCUCAUCCCUUCCUGUCCCAACCUCCAUACCUCUAAUCCCCGUGGGUGUUUUGUUCUCUGUGUCCCUGGACUCCAUCCACCCUCAGAGCCCAGUGUUCGCUCUCAUUAACUCUCAUAUGGAGAUCGUGUUGCUUCCCCUGCCUCGGAACCCUGCCCUCAAAGCCAACACUGCACAGCAGUCUGGAUGGCAGGGUGACAAGCUGAGUUUCUUUCAGCUUCCGAGGAAAGGACAAGCAAUCUCCUGAACCCGAAGUCUGGAGUGAGGUUCAUGUGUAGGCAACCUAAUCCGGGGCUCUUUCCCACCAGUUCUAUCCUUCGUGAGAAGUCCGGUGACCUUCAUAAGCACUUAGGGUUUGCUCUGGGGACCCCCACACCUGCCCUGGCCCUCAGCGCCUCCCAGCAGCAAUGGCUACAAACGGGACUGGGAAAACAAAGUCUGUCUACUCCCAGUUGUCCACAGACCUGCACAGGGUCUCCCAAGCCUGCAAGCAAGGGACAAAAGGCUAAACAAACAACAGCUAAGUUGUGGACCCUCGGGGAGAUCAGCCCCACUCAGCCUUCUGCAAUCCCAAGCCUGUGACUCUUGGAAGAGGCUCAAGAAGUUAAAAUAAGUCACUGCCCAGAGCAGAGGCUCCCCAAGCCUCUGCAGGUCUCCUGGUUCAUGAUCUCCACCCCAUGAGUCUGCUGUGUGUGUGUGUGUGUGUGUGUGUGUGUGUGUGCGCGCGCGCGUGCGUGUGUGCUUGCAUGCAAUUUUCUGCAGUGACAACUCAACUUUUCCUAACUUCAAAACACCAAAUGUCAACAUACUGCCAUGUCAAAGAGGAACUCAGAGCCCUUCUUGUCACACUGACCUCACCACAACCCUCUGACGCUGCAGGCAUCUGUUCAUGUCCUGGUCCACCCUUUUCUCCAUUCUCUUACCCACGUACCCAUCCAUCUCCCAUGAAUUCAUCUCUCUGCCGCUUCACCCACCCACCCAUCCAUUCACCCCUCCACUCACCCAUCCAGCCAUCCAGCACUCGCCUGCCCGCUCACUCAUUUCUUCAUGUUUGUUGCUUCCUUGCGACUUUAUUCACUGGUUUUCCCAAUCGCACACUCAUCUGUCCAUCCAUUGAUCACAGGUCUCAAACCUCCUCACCAUCAUGCAUUGACCACCCAUCCAACCAUGCAUCCAUCCACCCAUCUGUCCAUCCAUCCCCAUCCACCCAUCUGUCCAUCCACCAUUCAUCUACCCAACUGUCCAUCCAUCCAUCCACCCAUCCAUCCAUUUAUCCAUCUGUUCAUCUAACCAUGCAUUCAUCCAUCCACCCAUCUGUCCAUCCAUCCCCAUCCACCCAUCUGUCCAUCCACCAUUCAUCUACCCAACUGUCCAUCCAUCCAUCCACCCAUCCAUCCAUUUAUCCAUCUGUUCAUCUAACCAUGCAUUCAUCCAUCCACCCAUCUGUCCAUCCAUCCCCAUCUACCCAUCUGUCCAUCCAUCCCCAUCCACCCAUCUGUCCAUCCACCAUUCAUCCACCCAACUGUCCAUCCAUCCAUCCAUCCACCCAUCCAUCCAUUUAUCCAUCUGUUCAUCUAACCAUGCAUUCAUCCAUCCACCCAUCUGUCCAUCCAUCCAUCCAUCCAUCCAUCCAUCCAUCCAUCCAUCCACCCACCUGUUCAUCCAUCCAUUCAUCUAUCCAUCUGUCUGUCUGUCCACACAUCCACUCAUCUGUCCAUCCAUCAGUCCAUCCAUCCACCCAUCCAUCCAUUUAUCUAUCUGUUCAUCCAUUCAUCCAUCCAUCCAAUGUCCCCCUGAUGUUAUCCUCUCCCCUGCUAUGUUACCUGCCCACUCCUUCCCUCAGUUCAUCUCUUCCUCUAUUCAUCCAUUCAUAAACAGCUCCACCCACCUGAGGACCCAGCCGUAAUCACCCAUAGGACCCUGUGCCUGUCCAUCAUCUUUCCUCCUUCCUCAUCUGAGUUCUCCCUGUACCCGAACCAAGACAUGAGUCACCGCACCCUGCCCCUACCAAGUGCCAGGGUUGGGACCAGAACAAGGAGUUCGUACUAAGGUGGGUAUGGUGAGGUCAAAGGGUAUCACAGGUUGGUGCUGGAAGGUGGUGAGAGUGAUCCCUCGGGGGACCCUCUAUGGAGUAACUUUGAGGAAUGAGUUCUGCACCCUGAGACUGCACAGUCUCCAAACUCAUGGCUGUGGAACCCUUUCCCUGAUGCCCCAGUUCCCCAACAACACAAACUGUACAGGCCACCCCUGUCUGCAGAGCCGAGCUGUGCAUGGCUGCAGUAGGUGCUCAGUUAAUCAGUGUCAAGGAAUGCAGCUCUCACUGAGAAAGUCAUGCUCCCUAGUGACCCUAACUUUUCGAUUCUGUGCCUGGGGACUCCCGUGUGACCUCGGCCAAUUCCCCAAGCCCCGGACUCUGCUUUCGUAUCUGAGAAAUGCACCUUGGGAUCUUAUGGUACAGACCUAUAAGGGAAGUGUGGCCACAUGCAGAAGCUCUGGCUGACCCCUGGCUGGAAGGAAGCCAGGGGACCUGGAAGCCCGAUUAAUGCCUCCCUCCCGUCCCUGCCCAGCUUGAAGCAGCAUGAACUGGAAUUUCCCGAUAAUUCGCAGUAAUUAACUGAUGCUGCCACCCCUCCCCCUGUACUCCUGGCUCUUUACUCUGCUCCCAGCGCCUCAGGGAUUUGCAAGGAGUCCAACUGGUUCGGGAGGCCGAGCCGCCGCCUCCCGCCCACCUGAUCCUUCUCGGCUGUGCCGGUGUCGCUUCUAGGACCUGUGGCUAGUUGCCCACAGGGCGAAGUCAGGGCAACUGGACUCCUCAGCCCACGCCUGUCCACGCUGCCUAGACACGUGGUCCCAGGGACGCCACUGGAGGCACUCAGCCGUGCCACCUGUCCUCCAAGGCUUGAGGACAGUGGUCCUCAGAUAGCCUGGAUCUCUCCUGCCCUGAGACUACGGCUGAACCUCCCACGGGGCACAGCCCUUCUUCCUCGGCUCAGUAUUUAUUAGGUACUUCCUGUGUGCCCAGCCCUGUACCAGGUAUGAGGACACGGACACACAAGAGCCAAUUCUGGGCCCAGCUCACAGCCUGGGGACGAGGAGUAGGAAGUGUAAAAGGCUAAGGUCACAACAUGCAGAUGAGGUACAGUCGCCAUGCCCGAGAAGAAUGACACAGGACACAGCAUGGCUUUGGGGUAGAGGAUAUCCCUGAAGCCUAAUGGCACUGGUGGGCUCAGGAGUGCCCGUAAGGGGUGCCACUCACCACUUCGCGCCCUGGAUCAUGUUCUAGAAAUGUGUCUGCUAAAUCUCCAUAAAGUUGUUAGGGAGAAAGGGGGUAACUGUGACUCGGGGCGAGACCCUGGGGUGGGCAGUCAGGGAGGCCUUCCCGGAGGAGGCAGCUGUUAAGUUGAAAACGAGUGACUCGAAGAAAGGAGAAAUGAACCUGUUCGGGUCCACGUGGCCUGAGUUCAAAUCCUCACUGUGUGGCUUUGGGCGAAAGGCUUGACCUUGUCCGUGACACAGAUCACAAAGUAGGAUGCGCCUCAUAGGGCAAUUUUCACACUGCAGGAUGUUGGUGGCCUGACAUGCAGUAGUCACACUGUCCACACAGGCCCUGAGGCAGGAGGACAGCACAGAAGGCCAUGGUCCCAGCAGAGUAUCGGGCAGUGUCGGUGCCCUGGAGUCUUAGGGGUCAGAAUUGAGCUUUGUGGGCCUGGGGACUGAGCUCCGGAGUACUGGAGACCGAGGGCAAGGGCAAAACCAGCAUUUCAACUUGAAGCCAUCCCUUGAACAGACCGCUCUCAUCUUUCCACUCCAGCUUUAACCAGUUACAGCUGGAGAAACUGAGACAGAGAGGGACCCAAAACCUGUGGAAUCGGGGAACCAGAAAAGAACGGUCGCCGACCACGACUUUCUGCGUUCAACUAACUGAGGGCCGUAUGAGCUGAGCCUCCUGCACCCUAGUGUUGGGGAACUCAUCAGCCUCCCUGCUGGGCGGUCCCUGGGCCCGUGAACAGGAACCUCACCGACUGGACAACGCCACAGCCAGGAGAGGGUCCAACUGAGGCUCCCUGCUUCCAAGCUGUGGGGCUGACGUCCCUUCUGUGAGCUGUGUCUCCCCACCUCCUGAAGACAGACUGUUCGUGGCCCUCUGGGGUUCGUCUCAGGCCUGUGAAGUGCUUGGCAGAGCCGCAGCAGGCCUGGGGUGCCCCUGUCCCGCCCAUCGAUUCCCAUCUGGGGGGCCAAGGUCGACCUGAGGGCAGGCGGGCUGGGCCCUGUCUGGGGAUAAAGGCAGGCGCCCCAGGGUGCAGUCAGCUUAAUAACAGGCUCCAGGAUCCAGGGGUUUGAACUCAGGCUAAUAGGCUCAAACACAAAUUGAACAGCCCACGGUUCCAUCAGCGCCUCUGACAGCCAACUCUUCCCACACUAGUGUUCCUCUCUUGCACCUCCCACCCGCCCUCACUGCUGGAGCCCCCUCUGUGUGCCCAGCAUGCAGAGCUCCCAUAUGGUACCAGGAACAAGCUCCCCCUUCUGCCCUGGCCCUGCGCGCCUCAAUCUCUCCUCUUGCUCCUCUGCCUUGGUACUUCUCCAUCAGCCAGGUGGUGGCCUGCCCCAGGGCCUUUGCACAGCCUGCGCCUCCUGCCCGGAACUCUCUUUCCCCAUUCAGGCCAUAGCUGCUCAGCCUUUGAACCGCCUCAGCGAGAGGUCUUGGCCCCACCCUGUAGCUCCUACAAUCCUGCUUCAUCUUCUCCCUCACUGUCAUGGUCCUGUUAGGGUUUACAUCUAGAGAUAUUUUUGUUUGUUUGUUUUUGUUUUUUGAGUCAGGGUUUCUCCGUGUAGCCCUGGCUGUUCUGGAACUCACUCUGUAGACCAAGGGAGUCUCGAAGUAAUAGAGAUCUGCCUGCCUCUGCCUCCUGAGUGCUGGACUUAAAGGUGUGAGCCAACACCACGUGGCUCUGGGGAUCUUUUUAAAUAUAUGUAUUUUAAUUUUUUGAGAUGUAUUUAUUUUUAUUUAUUGUGCGUCAGUGUUUUGCCUGCCAGCGUGUCUGUACACCCUGGUGCCUGGUGUGCCAGGAGGCCAGAAAAGAGUGUCAGGUGCUCUAGGACUGGAGUUACCAUGUGGGUGCUGGGAAUUGAACCCAGGUCCUCUGAAAGGGCAACCAGUGCUCUUAACCACAGAGCCAUCUCUCCAGCCCCUUUAAUACAUUUUUUUAGUUUGCACCGAACAUGUACCUAUUUUUAAUACCGUGUGACACCUCAAUGCAAGGCCAGUAACCAUCACCACAGCUUAAAUGCAGAAACCAGAGCUUCAGACUCAGCCAGUACAGCAGAGCACCCCACGGAUGGACUGACUGGACUAAGCUGCACUGGACCUGGAGUGUUGUCAUCCUGGUGACCUCUCACCUCCUCGUGUCUGGAUCACCAUCCCUGCGCACCUGCACCCCCCCUCCCACCCCUCCUCGCCAGCCUUUGGCACCCAAACUUCUCAAUUUUCCCUCCUUCUGUGGGAUGCCAGCUGGCCCCCUGCCAGCCCCUUUCCCCCGCCUGCUGCCCUUCCUGGACACAGGCCCAUGAAGGAUGAGGAAGGGCCCGCGGUGGCUGGCCGAGUGCCAUGAGAACGCAGCCCCUCGGGCCCAAGUCUCCUCACUGCAGGGCCAGACACCUGUGUAAUGAGUGCCAUUAUGGGGACCUGCCAGACAGGCCCCAGCUCGCCCUAGCCACCCAGGCUGUGAGGGUGAUGCAGUUGGGGUUCAGGGAGUGUUGUGGGUGCAGUGGGGGGAGGGCACCCGAUGUUCCACCCUAUGUUUCCAGAUAAGCCAGGCUUGACUUCCUACAGAAGUAGGAAGAUCCCAAAGCUCAGGCCUCACCGUCCAAGCUGGAUAAAAAGCAGGCCGAGAAAGAUAGACAUUUAUUGAGCAUUUACUGUGUGCCCACUUGGUCUUAUGAGCUGGCUCCUGUCCCCUCCCUCUGUGGGACAUUCACCAGUGUUCUGUUUGUUUAUCUUCCCUCUCUCUCCAUUCGGACAUGGAUGAGUACCUACUAUGCAUCAGGCCCUUUCUCCCUACUUGAACUCAUCUGUCUUGAGUGAAUAACGUUAAUGAACCCGUAUUACAGAGAAGGCUCAGAAAGGGGAAGCGACUGGUUCAAAGUCACACAGCUGACGACUGCCGAAGCAAGGAGAGGUCCAGGCUCUCCGGCCCCAGAGUCCACAUCCCUAACCACUGCACACCACUCCCCCAGUCAGCCCGCUCAGGCAGGGAGUGUGUCCCUACUGCAUGCCAGCCCCAGCCCAAUGCCUGGCACACAAUAGGUGCUUUUAAAAGAAUUGAGUAAGGGCUGGCGGGAUGGCUCGGUGUGCAAAGGCACCUGCUGACACCUGACUUCAACUCCUGGGACCUGGGAAGCGAAGGACCCAACCCUUGCAAGUCGCCCUCUGACCUCGACACAUGGACGGUGGGAUACAGAUUCCUGUGCACGUGUGUGCAUGUACACAUGCGCCCGUACACACAAGUAAAUAUAAAAAAGUGAAGGGGGGAUGAACAAAGGACGAAAUGAGGGCAUUUACUAAUGAAGAUCUAAGGCUCAGAGAGGUGAGGUGACUCACAGGAGUCACACAGCACAGCUGUCACAGAACCAAGAAGCACCUGUGGGGUAUGAUGACUCCUGCCUCUCCACCCUCCUGUCCCUACGUCUCUGACCCCUCUCCAAACAUGCUGUGACUUGAGCUAUGCCCAAGGGUGGACGGGUGCCUGCUCCAGUCCACCCGAGCUCUAACCUGGGCCUGCAGUGUAGGUUGGCCCCAGACUCCAGCCUAAGAACUGAGACCCCGCCCCGCCCCCACCUCUCUGUGUUCUCCUGGCGUGGGAGCCACAGAGAACACUUGCCUUCCCCUUAGGGCCUCUCCUCUUCCGGGGACACCUCUAGUCUUGCUGUCUCUAGCAGGGUUCCUUGGUAGCAGUCAUCCAUGCUGCCCACAGCCACAGCUUCUGGCUACAGAAGGCCUGCUCACCCUGCUGGGCCAUUGCCCCCACCCCCUGCCUCAUCCCCAACCUCCUAAUUCUCAGUGGACUCCAGAACAGGUAUCCCUGCUGGCCUUCUCUUCCCUACCUGUCUCUGGCCUUGAAGGUGGCAUGUCCCAGUCCUGGAAGACAGAAUGUGAGUCCUGCUGUCUUCGGUGGCCACUUACUGUGCGCUGGGUCCUGGACACUGUCACCAUCCCUCCCUCCUGCCACCAGCAUCCUCAGUCCUCACUUGCCUUUCCCAAUUAUUCCAGUCCCCUGCCUCCCCCCUCCAGCCUUCACAAUGGUUAUGCACACAGCCUCCUGCCCCACUCACUGUCCUGCAGGUCACCUCAGGAGGCCUUUCCCCCACAGUUUGUCAUCCUCUGGUGUGUCCACCAUGGUUCUAGCCCAGGACCAAAAUAUUCUGCCAUCCAUGCGUUCCCCUCCCCCACCAUAGCUGUCUAACCUUCUGGCCAACAGAGCGACCUGUAUACAAAAGGUGCUCAAGCAAUGACUGCUUGAUAAAGCAAAGAGAAUCAAAGAACACCUCAGCUAUGCAGCUGGGAACCAGGAGGCCCCCUCCCUGCCAGCAGGCACCCCUCUGCACCCCACACUGCUCUGAUUCCCAGCCUUAUAAAAACCACCGCCUCCACGUCCCCUGGAGGGACACGGGAUGCCCAGGGGGUGAGGCCUAUGCUGACCCCAGCCUGUCUUCCAAGACCUGGGCCUCAGGAAACUGGUAAUUGAUUGGGGGAGGGGGUGCUUUUGGCUGGACUGACACCUGCCCUCAGGGAUUCCUGAGAUCAGGAAGCCCAAACACCUCCAUAGGGGAAACCGAGGCACAGUACAUGUGUCUAUGUGCCCAGCUGUGCAGCCUACAGGAACAGGCCUGAGUUGGGGGGCUUUCUGGGCUCAGGCUCAUGGGGUGCUCCAUGUCUCAGUCCCCUCCCCAUCCCCUAUCCGUACCCCGCUGUGAAAGGAUCUUUUCUGAAGUGAAUCCAGACCUGCCCCACAUCCAGCACUUAUGCCUUCUCCAUGAGCCUCAGUUUCUUCACUUGUCAAAUGGGGAUACAUUUGCCACUUUUUUGAAAAGCUACUCGGCCAUACCCAGCUCUGGAGGGAGGCUGGGGCCUCGUGAGUAGCCCCUUCUGUGGUCGCAGAGGGCAGCUCUGGGCACCCACAGCCUCCGCUGUGUCUGUAAGGCAAAGGCCGAAGGGUCCCGGGUGGCCCUGGCCAGGUGGGAUGCGCGGGCUGGGGGAGGACACAAGUGGCCAGGAUGGGAGCUGCAGCAGGCCAGGGUGACUCACCCUCUGGCCAGGCUGGAGGCUGGGCCACAGCCCCCACGCGCCCCUCUGGGCUCUGCCUUGCACCCAAAAAUGCUGUGUCAUGCUCCGUCAUGUGGCUCCGGGUCAUUAAUACCCGAGUUCUGGGAAGCUUGGGCCGUGUUCCCGGAAGGGGUCAGCCGGUUCAGUAAACAGAUUGGCUGUCUCCUCGGCACAGCCUGAAGCUCUGGAGGCUGGAGGUGGGGGCUGGUGGCCAAGGGGACAGAGCAGCAGCCCCUGGCCCGGCUUGAAGCUGGCACCUCCCAGGGCAGCCUGGUGCAGGUUGACAGACGAGAAGGGAAACCAAGGCUCAGAGAAGGCAAGGCACUAGCCAGGGGUCGCACAGCACGGCCAGGAUUCAGACCUGGAAUUCUGGUCUCACUCUCUGGAGUCCAGGCCACACACUGCCCUCUCCCAGACUCAUCCCCAAUCCUAACCGUCUCAGAGCAGUUUGUUGGACUCAGGAAAACUGGGGGAGGCGGGGAGGCAGUUGAAGGAAACAGAGCUGAACACAGCUGGGCUGGGUGCAGGGGUGUCUUACCAUGGAAAUGGUAGCCUGGGCCCCAGUUACUGGGAACAUGUGUCUUCAAUGUGCAGCCAUCUUCGUGGCCCCUAUCUUUUUAAGAGACCUACUAAGUGCCCAGCACUGUGGUUAAAAGUCCAGUAGAGGCCAGUGACCCACCAGAUAGGCACCCCUUUUGACCCCAUUAUGAGGUGACAAUCUGAGAAAGAGAAACAGUUGCUCUAUUUGGGGACAGAGCAGGUUCCAGAGCUAACGGGUUCAGAUAAACCUUCACUUCCCUGUGCCUGUCCGUGACCCCGCACCAGUGACUCCGCUUCCCGCAGCCUCAGUUUACCACCCGGUAAACGGAAUGGGUACCCUGCUCAUAUCAUGGAGACCCCAGCCUUGAUUAGAGUUCCAAUCCUGCUGUAUGGUUCCUGGCUGUCGAACCCUGGGUAUGGUUGCUUGACGUCUCUGUUCUCUGUAUCCUGUUGUGCAACAGACAAGGAGAGGGAAUGAGCUGGCCCCCUUCCCGAGCCUACCCUGUGGGGCCAGGUCUUCUGAAGCCCCCUGUACUCAUAUUUGACCUAAGAUAGGCCUGCUGGGAUGGGGUUAAAGAGCCCGCGAUGGACCACAAUGAGAAGUGUGGUCUCCCACGCUUGCUCCUGCAGGUUCCGGUGUGCAGCCAGCAGCAGCCACUGCCACAGGAUCUUCUUCCCAACCCAGUCCCCUCACUGCACGGUGGGGGCCGUGUCCCCUUCCCUGCUCAGACAUUUCUGGUCACCAACUGCCAUCCACACACUGUACCUGGCCAGACUCACACAGGCCUUGUCUUCAUCCUUGGGAAACCGCCCACCAUGUGCAACAGCUCCUCCCGGAACCAGCGCCUCUGCCUGCUCUGCAUUCCACACAUCCUGAGCUCCCUCCUCCAGGGAGCCCACCCAGAUGCUCCCACAGAGAGCGAGUGCCCCAGCCAGCCAGCAGAACUUGCCCUCUUUUCCUGUCACUGCCUUUACACAUCAGCUACUUUACACGUCACCUUGAAUUUCUGUGGCUGUGAAGCAGAUGCCUCUGCGAGCUUUAGGGUGAAAGAAGAAAUUAUUACCUCUAAAAUCCUUAAUGAAGCCUGUAAAGUUGAAAUCACUAAAUUGUUAUUUCAUCUGUUCU